AUGCGUGUACAGGGCGGUCUCCAUGACUACCCCAGAGAGGUCUGCAUCAUAGGAGCGGGCGUGAGCGGGCUUCGAGCUGCCGGGCUACUCACUGCCGCAGGCUUCAGUGUCACAGUCCUCGAAGCCCGAGACCGUAUUGGCGGUCGAGUUCACCAGAGCACUCAGUUCGGUCUUCCAAUUGAUGUUGGCGCCAGUUGGAUCCAUGGGACACAGGGCAACCCCUUUGUGGCUCUUGCAGAGAAAGCGGAAGCCACCACCGUGGGGUGUGGCGCUGUUUACUCCAUCUGUGGACCCAAUGGGAACUGGCUCGAUCAUGACACAGCAAGGGAUCACUACGAAGAAGUAUGGGAGGUCCUAGAGAUGGCAAUGGAAAAGAGCAGGCAGGAGGCCGUGUCACUUCCUGACUCUUCAAAGAUGAUGGACUUUUUCCGUGAAGAAGUCGGGAGAAGACGCUGCAAAGCUGAACAUCCAGACGCCUAUGAGGCAUUGAUGUUGCAAAUCGUCGAGAUGUGGGGAGCUUUUAUGGGGGACGAGUGCGAAAACCAGAGCCUCAAGAACUUGUGGCUGGAUGCAGGUUUAGAAGGAGACAACUUGUUCGUGGCUUCGACCUUCAAAGACAUUCUGCACCGUCUUUUGCUCCCGGUGGCAAACAAGGCUACCCUACGACUCGGUUGUGAGGUCACACGGAUAACAAACAGCCAAAAUGAUAUCGUUGAGAUCGAAGCACGUGAUGGAUUCCGAUGUUCCUUCAAUGAUGUAGUCGUUACAGCGCCAUUAGGCUGGCUGAAGCGUAAUGAGCAUGUCUUCUCGCCGCCCUUGUCACCGACGGUAUCGAGUGCGAUCCACAGCCUCGGAUACGGAAAUCUUGACAAGGUCUUCGUUAAGUUUCCUAGCGCAUUUUGGGAUGCCCGGGUAUCAGCAGUGAAUGUGUCCCAUGGAUAUGAAUCCGAAGGGACGCAGAGGCCGUCUUUCCCCAUUGAAUCUCUCUAUCUUCGUCCUAAUUAUGCAGCUGAUACGAAUCCCGCAAAGUGGCGAGUAGAGAUUAUCUCUUUAUCAGGCCUGCCAGGGCGAUUCUCACAGCCCGUUGUCAUGUUCUUCAUUUAUGGGCAGUGGGGUAGGCAUAUAACUGGGCUCAUCCGAGGUCUGAAGCGGGAUUCCAGUGAGUACUACCGGAUUCUUGAUAACCAUUUUCGGCCAUAUUAUUCUCAAUUGCCCCAUUACGAUCCUAUUUCGCCUGACUGUAAACCCUCGGAAUAUUGGUCGACGGAUUGGCAAAACGACGAACUCGCGGGCUACGGGUCAUUUUCCAAUCUGCCAGUUGGAUCUGGAGAUGGUGCACAGUAUUUUGAAGCACUCCGAGAGGGCAUGGGGCAAGAUCGAGGCAUCUGGUUUGCCGGCGAACAUACAUCGCCUCCUGGUGGGCUUGGUACCGUCACAGGUGCAUACUGGAGCGGAGAGGAGGUUGCGAAGAGAGUAUCCCACCGUUAUGGGAUCACGACAGACAUAUAA